AUGCCCACGGCCGCUCAAGCCUACAUGGAGCCAGAAGACGGAACUCGCCGUGUUCUUCCAGAUUUUCUCCAGAGCGUGAGCAUGGGUCAUAUUUCCCGCGUCACCUCCGACGAUCUGAAUCUCAUCUGGGACAGCGUUCAGCUAAAUCUGAUCCCAGUGGUCGCGUGCCUGUCACUUGCCGUCUUCGGUCUCACGGUCUAUUUAAUGCUGCGCUCGCGACCCGUUUACCUCGUCGACUUCGCGUGCUUCAAGCCGCCGGAAUCGCUCGCCAUGACCAUCAAGGGCGCGCUGGAGCACGCGAGGAAAAUCGGGCGGUUCGAUGAGAAGUGCCUUGAGUUCCAGGGCAAGGUGCUUGAACGCGCGGGCCUAGGCGACCGCACGUGUCUGCCUCCUGGGUUCGUGAACCUCCCUCUCAAUCAGUCCCUUGGUGAGGCGCGGAACGAGGCUGAAAUGGUCAUCUUCGGUGCGCUGGACGAGCUGUUCGCGAAGACCAGGCUCAAGCCCCGCGACAUUGAUAUCCUCAUCGUGAACUGCAGCGUCUUCUGCCCGACGCCGUCUCUGUCCGCCAUGAUCAUCAACAAGUACAAGAUGCGCAGCAACAUCAGGUCGUUCAACCUCGGCGGCAUGGGCUGCAGCGCUGGAGUCAUCUCUGUGGAUCUGGCGCGCGAUAUGCUUCAGGUGCACGGGAACUCGUACGCCGUGGUGGUUUCCACCGAGAACACCACCCAGCAGCUCUACUUCGGCAACAAAAAGUCCAUGCUCAUCCCCAACUGCAUCUUCCGCAUCGGCGCCGCCGCGCUGCUGCUGACGAACAAGAACAGCGAGAGCUGGCGCGCCAAGUACAAGCUGCAGCACCUGGUGCGCACGCACAUGGGCGCCAACGACAAGCACUACCAGUGCGUCUUCCAGGAGGAGGACGACCAGAAGAUCGUGGGCGUGUCGCUGUCGCGCGAUCUCAUGUCCGUCGCAGGCGAGGCGCUCAAGACCAACAUCACGACGCUCGGCCCGCUCGUGCUGCCGCUGUCGGAGCAGCUGCUGUUUGCGGCCGUGCUCAUCGCGCGCAAGGUGUUCCGCAUGAAGCUCAAGCCGUACAUCCCGGACUUCAAGCUCGCGUUCGAGCACUUCUGCAUCCACGCGGGCGGCCGCGCCGUGCUGGACGAGCUCGAGAAGAACCUGGAGCUGACGCCGUGGCACAUCGAGCCGUCGCGCAUGACGCUGUACCGCUUCGGCAACACGUCGUCGUCGUCUGUGUGGUACGAGCUGUCGUACACCGAGGCCAAGGGCCGCGUGCGACGCGGCGACCGCGUGUGGCAGAUCGCGUUCGGAUCCGGAUUUAAGUGCAACAGCGCCGUGUGGAAGGCGCUGAGGACGGUGCGAGCGGAUAAGAACCUGGGUCCCUGGGACGACUGCAUUGACCAGAUGCCAGCUAAGCUUAAUUUUUAG